GUAGAGCCGUGGCGGCGGCGGCUAGGGGGCGCUGUAGGAACCCCUGGGCGACGCUAUUGCAGCAGCUGGGAAAGCGAGGCUCGAGCCGCGGCGCGCGCUCUUGGGGCUGCGGUGGUGGUCGCGCGCGCUCUCUUGGCGGCCUUCUGUCUCGGUGGUCGUUGGGCCGAGGCGGGAAUGUUCCGCAAAGCGCGGCGCGUGAACGUGCGGAAGCGGAACGAGUCGGAGGAGGAGGACGACGAGCGGGAAGAGGAGCCGCCGCAGGCACAGCAGGUGCCGCCGCAACUGCCCGGAGGAGAUGGGCCUAUGGGUGAGGCCGGUCCGCCGUUUCCAAAGCUGCCUCUCCUGCCGCUCCCGACCGGCUGCGUUCCCCUCGUUACUCCCGCGGGCAGCGGCCCUGGCGGCUUCGCUUUUGGCAGCGCCGAGUCGGUUGGCCGGGGAGGCCCGCUCUUGACGGGUCUGCCGCUGCAGACGCCGCCUGUGCCGCCGCCGCCGCCGCCUGUGCCGUCGUCUCCUUCGCAACAGCCGCCGCAGCCCUCGACAGGAAACAAUGGCCUGGUGACGGUUUCUUCUAGGGCCAAGGAGCGGAAGAACAAAAACAGGGAAGCGGCAGCGCCUCCGCCGCGCGGGAGCCUCAAGCUUCUCAGCUUCCAGGACGAGGAGGAGGAAACUGAAGAAGUUUUUAAAGUAAAGAAAUCAAGUUACAGCAAAAAGAUAGUAAAGCUGCUUAAGAGAGAAUAUAAAGAAGAUCUUGAAAAAUCUAAGAUAAAAGUGGAAGCUAAUUCUUCAGCUGAUGUUGAACAGUCUGUUGACAAAACAGGGCAAACUAAAGAUGCUGUCCAAGAAGAUGGGGCUGCAAAUAGUGAACAAGGAGAAGAGGAGAUGGAAGUUGAAAGUGAGAAGGAAGAAGAAAAACCAAAAGCUGCAGGAGCUUUCUCAAGUGCUUUGUCCUCUCUGAAUGUUUUGCGUCCAGGAGAAAUCCCAGAUGCUGCUUUUAUUCAUGCUGCUAGGAAAAAGCGCCAAAUGGCUCGUGAGCUUGGAGACUUUAUACCACUUGACAAUGAUCCUGGGAAAGGGCGCCUAGUUAGAGAAGAUGAAAAUGAUGCCAGUGAUGAUGAUGAUGAUGAUGAGAAGCGAAGAAUAGUCUUUUCAGUGAAAGAGAAGUCUCAGAGGCAAAAGAUUGCUGAAGAAAUAGGUAUUGAAGGAAGUGAUGAUGAAGCUCUCGUUACGGGGGAACAGGAUGAAGAACUCAGUCGGUGGGAACAAGAACAGAUACGUAAAGGCAUUAAUAUACCUCAGGUUCAAGCAAGUCAGCCUGCUGAAGUGAAUAAUCUAUAUUACCACAAUACCUACCAGACAAUGCCUUAUGGUUCCUCUUAUGGCAUUCCUUACACAUAUGCUGCUUAUGGAUCUUCAGAGACAAAGUCUCAAAAAUCAGAUAACACAAUUCCUUUCAAAACUCCCAGUAAUGAGAUGACUCCUGUUUCUAUAGAUUUGGUAAAGAAACAGCUUAAAGACAGGUUGGACUCAAUGAAAGAAUUUCAGAAAGGAAAUCAGCAACAACAUGAGAAACAUCAGCAAAGCCGUGAAGACUCUAUCAAGACAAUUGAAAGAUUGGAAGGGUCUUCUGGGGGUAUUGGUGAACGGUAUAAAUUUCUGCAAGAAAUGCGAGGGUAUGUCCAAGACUUGCUUGAGUGUUUCAAUGAAAAGGUGCCCCUGAUUAACGAACUCGAGUCAUCAAUGCACCAGCUGUACAAACAGCGAGCUUCCCGCCUUGUCCAAAGACGACAAGAUGAUAUUAAAGAUGAAUCUUCGGAGUUUUCAAGCCAUUCAAGUAAAGCACUGAUGGCACCAAAUCUUGACUCUUUUGGACGAGACAGAACACUGUACCAAGAACAUGUAAAAAGACGGACUGCUGAAAGAGAGGCUAGAAGAGCUCGUCGCAGACUUGCUAGAGAGCAAUCUGGAAAGAUGACUGAUCACCUUGAAGGACUUUCUAGUGAUGAUGAAGAAACUUCAACAGAUACUACCAACUUCAAUAUGGAGCGAGAUCGCAUCUUGAAGGAGUCCAGCAAAGUUUUUGAAGAUGUGUUAGAAAACUUUUACUCCAUUGACUGCAUUAAGUCACAGUUUGAAGCCUGGCGUUCCAAGUAUUUCUCUUCUUACAAGGAUGCAUAUAUUGGCCUUUGUCUACCCAAGCUGCUUAAUCCUUUAAUAAGACUUCAGUUGCUUACUUGGAACCCUUUGGAGGACAAGUGCCAAGAUUUUGAAAGAAUGUUAUGGUUUGAAUCCUUGCUAUUUUAUGGAUGUGAAGAACAUGAACAAGAGAAAGAUGAUGCUGAUGUUUCACUGUUGCCUACUAUUGUGGAAAGAGUGGUUCUGACUAAAUUAACAGUACUUGCUGAAAAUAUAUGGGAUCCCUUUUCUACAACACAAACAUCUAGAAUGGUAGCCGUUACCCUGAAACUAAUAAAUGGGUAUCCUUCUGUGAUACAUGCAGAAAACAAAAACACACAGAUGUUACUGAAAGCUCUUUUGCUUAGAAUGAGGAGAACGCUAGAUGAUGAUGUAUUCAUGCCUCUUUAUCCCAAAAAUAUUUUAGAAAACAAGAACUCUGGUCCUUAUUUGUUUUUCCAGCGGCAGUUUUGGUCUUCUGUAAAGCUACUAGGAAACUUUCUGCAGUGGCAUGGAAUCCUUUCAAACAAAACUCUGCAAGAACUGUCAAUAGAUGGCCUGCUAAAUAGAUACAUCCUUAUGGCUUUUCAGAAUUCUGAGUGUGGAGAUGACAGCAUUAAGAAAGCUCAACAUGUAAUCAGCUGUUUUCCUAAACAGUGGUUCGCUAAUCUUAAAGGAAAUAAAACAAUAUCACAUUUAGAAAACCUUUGUAGAUACCUUGUUCAUCUUGCUGAUACAGUAUACCGAAACAGCAUUGGAUGCUCUGAUGUAGAGAAAAGAAAUGCAAGGGAGCAUAUAAAACAGAUAAUAAAACUUCUAGCAAGUAUUCGAGCACUGGACCAUGCUGUAAUAGUUGCAAAUGAGCAUAACAUAAAAGAAUUAAAAAUUUUAAUUGAAGGGAAAUAAAUUGGCAAAAUUCUGGGCUUUAAAAAUCAUUCCUGAAGUGUAAUUUUGUACAUAUGUAAAGUUUUCUUAAACUGUAAACAAUUGACUGUUUUUAAUACAAAGUGCAUUCUUAUAUACAACAUCUGUUACUAGUGUUGGUGUCUUUAAGAAAGCUGGAAGGAGAGUCUGGGAAAACUUUAAUCUGCAUCUUGUUUACAAACAACUUUUAUACUCCCCGGGUGGCCAUCUGUUCACUUAACUGCCCAGUAGAUAACUGGAAAUUGUGUAUUGUAAAAUUUGUUAACAGCUUAGGUACAAGUAUGUAUAGCCCUACAGUUUUAUUUGAAAUAAUGUCAUCUUUCAAAGAAGUGAAUAUGGUAUGAUCUCCUUAUGAGUAAAAAACUCACAAAAUAGUACCCAGUGUUUUUGGACAUAUAUUUAUUGAUUGCAUAAAUAGUUGAACAUUAACAGUUAAAUUCAAUUAAUAGUAUUUUCUUUUUAAAGUCAUACAGUUUGUAAUAGAUUACAAUUAGUAGUGAUGGCUGUCUCCAUAUUUCAACCAUGCAGUUUGGAUUCUCAUUCUGAAAACAAAAACUUCCUAAAUUAAUGUUUUCUAAUAUAUAUGUUUUUAAAUCCCUUUAUCUUAUAUCAGGAAUAUAUUUCUGUUUCACAGUUCAGUUUUGAAGCCUCCCAAAUCCACAUGCUGCUUAUGUUAUGAGCACAUUGAAUAUUCCAGAAAGUUACUUUCAUUGCUUAAUAAAAUUUUAAAGAAUUACUUUUAAGAGCCAUGUUGUCACCAAGAUCAGUUUGAAUUCUGAAGAACACAGUCAUUGUCAGGAUGUUUGAUAGCCUUGUUUAUCUUCAGGUGCAUUUCUUCAUACUUGAGUAAAGUAGCAGUUGGAAUACUGAAUAACAUUGGAUUAUUGUAUUUCAUGAAGCUCCUUGUUAUGUGAUGUAAAGAAAAUAUUAAAUGUACAGUCUGCUUUUUGGA